CCCCACUUCCCAUCAUCUCUUUGUUAGUACGCUCUCCUGGUUUUCAUUAGAGUGGGACUUUAAGAAUGUGUUGUGUUCUAAUAGUAGAGAUUUUUUAGUGCUAAGUUUUUAAGUUGCAAUACGGUACAUUUUAUUUUAUUUUUUCUUGACUAGGUUUUUUUUAAUGUAAAUAUUUAAUUUGUAUUUUCAUAUAUGGUUAUUAACAGUGUUUUAAAGGUCUCUCUAUACCCUGUCAUUUAUGGUGAAAGCCAUAGUUAAUCUUUUUUUUUUUUUUAAAGAACAGUUCAAGUUAACAGUUUCCCAUGAAAUAGAUCACCUUGUCUGUGAAGUAUAUAAAUAGCACCACCAACUAUAGACUUACAGAGGCAGUAGGAAAAUCAAUGAAAAGUUUUAAAAAUCUGAGUUUUAAAAAUCUUUAGUCAGAUGUUCUCCUAUUUUCCUACAGAAUCAAUUUUGCCACAAAACAGAGUAAUUAUAAAACCAACCACCUGAUCUUUGUCUAUUUAGUAACAAUGCCCACCAAAUGAUGUAAUAUAUUUAUAUAUACAUAUAUAUAUAUGUAUUUUUUAAAAUAAUUUCACAGUCUUUUUUAUAUGAGGUAGGCACAGAUGUUUUAGGUAGGAAAUGGAACUAAAAUAGGAAAAAAAUACUAUUCACAAGGUCACAAAAAUCUCAAAACUUUUUUUUUUUGCUGUGAAUGUGAGAAUCCUGCAUAAUAAAAGCAGACACUAAGUGUCGUAAUUUUUUCACUUGUCCCUAUAAUCUUUGCUGCGUUGAAACCACGCCCAAGCAGUUCUGUAACAUGUUAGGACAGAAAAGAGAAGUUUGACUGAAACAGAAUCUCUGUCACUGUGGUAGAGAGUCUGGCCCUUGGACUAACUGCAUUAUUUAAGCUUUUAGCUUUAAUGUUUACACUUACAACAUUUUUACUUGGUUUUUGGAAUUCAGGAAUGCAUUGAUACAUAAUGUCUAAGUGCUUUUCCCUUGUUUGUUCAUGCAGGAAGAUCCCCAAGACAUGGAGUCAUUGGAUCUGUGCUCUUUACUCUACGAGUGCCCUCUGCAUUUUCUAUUUCAGCAUUCCAACAUUAAAAUUUUUCUGCAGUUUCCUACCAAUGGAAAAGUGUUCUUUGAAAAGUUCAAUGAUGCUGAACUUGGACAACAGAAUUGAUGCUAAACUGGAUCUUUUGUCAAGACAGGAUGUGCAGACAUGCACGUCUUGGAAAGCUCCCAUCAUCUGGCAGGGAAUGUUUGACCCUAAUGAAUACGAUCAAGAGCACAAAUCACAAGGAUCUUCUGUUGCUCUGACUGUGUUUGCUGUUGGAAGGUACUUGGAUGUCUACCUCAAAGACUUCUUAUACUCAUCAGAGCAGCACUUCAUGUUGGGCUUACCUGUGACAUACUACGUCUUUACGGACACUCCGGAGAAGGUGCCAAACAUCAAGCUGAACCCUCAGCGAAGCCUAAAAAUAAUCAAAGUAGAAAGGCACAAAAGGUGGCAAGACAUCUCUAUGAUGCGAAUGAAGUCUAUAUCACAGCUAAUAGAGUCAGAUAUUCGCAACCACUCAACACACGUCUUCUGUUUUGAUGUCGAUCAGCUAUUUACUGGGAGAUUCGGCUCUGAGGCUCUGGGAGACUCUGUGGCUCUGCUCCAUGCUCACUACUACCGCCUGCCAAGGUGGCUUUUCACUUACGAUCAGAACCCAAAGUCCAAUGCAUACUUAGAAAUGGGGGAUUUUUACUACCAUGCUGCAGUUUUUGGAGGCUCCUGGAGAAGCGUAAAAGCCUUGGCUGAUGCUUGCCACAGAAGCAUUAUGGAGGAUAAACAAAAUAACGUGGAGGCUUUGUGGCAUGAUGAAAGCCAUUUAAACAAGUACUUCUGGCUUCACAAACCCAGCAGGAUCUUGUCUCCAGAGUACUGCUGGGACGCCAACCUCGGAAGCAGAAGCGACAUUCGGGUCCGCAGACUGAUGUGGGCACCAAAGUAUUAUAACAAGCUGCGCAUUUCUUAGGUUUUCUGUCUUCUACAGUAUUUUCACGGCUACAGGGCGCACUUAAAAGUCUUUAAUUUUCUCCAAACUGUAGGGGGCGCCCUAUGAGACUGUGCACCUUAUGUGUAGUUGUGUGCGAAGAAGAAGGCUGGAGCGUCACUCCUUGCGCGGUGGUGAGAGUGGAGCUGCCAUUUAACUGGCUAGAAUUGUCAGUUAUCUGUGUCCCGCAGAUGUCGCAACCCUAACACUUUAGUAAGGGGGAGGAGUGAGCAGAGGAAUAGAUUGCUCAUACGUGUUUACAGUAUAAAAUCCAUAUGAUUUCAACACAAACCGUAACAACAUGAUGGUCACUUCUCUUCACAGCUCCCUAACUCAUAUGGUGUGGAAAUAACACCAUGUGGCCAUGGGCGGGAGCCCCACCCAUGGCCACUAAGACUCAUGGGAAGUGUUGAUUUCUACACCAUAUGGGGGAGGAGUGAGCAGACGAAUAGAUUGCUCAUAUGCGUUCACAGCAGUACAAUCCAUAUGCUUUGAACACAAACCGUAACAUGACGGUCACUUGUCUUCAAAGCUCCUAACUUAUAUGGUGUGGAAAUCAACACAUCCCAUGAGUAUUAGUGGCCAUGGGCGGGGAUAAGUACCAGGUCCCCACAACAUCGUUUUCAAAAUGGCUGAAGCCCUGUUUAAACUGCAGCUAUCAACUCUGUGGAUUGGUGGAUUUUUAGAUGCUGUUUUAUGACUGAAAAAAUAAAUUAAAACUAACUCAGAUGUGCUCCUGCUGCAUUUUUGAAACACACACUGAGUGUUUGUGAGUGUGCUUAUGCCGUCUCUUUGCUUAAAAUAAGACGAACUGGAUUUUACAGCCCAAUAACUCCCCACUCCAUAAGUAUGUUGUGGCAGACAUGCUCCGGCUGUCCACUCCUGAGUCAGAGUCAUUCCAUAACCCCAGCAGAGCAGAACUUUCCCCUCCGUGCUGUUAACUUUCAUAAAGUAGCUUACAUUGAUGACGAAAAUAAAUACGCAGCUAAACACAUCAUUUAAUGGGAUACUUGAAACCUUUACAUUUAUUAUGCAAACUUUGUUUUCUCCUGCAUGUAUUGUUAAUAUUUACAUUUUUCUUGUUGAUGGUUUUGCAUUUCCAUUGUCUGUCAAUGUGCUUGAAACUAUUGUUGUUUAAUUAGACUAAAAUUGGAAUGACUAAAAGAUGUUAAUACUUCAAAGCUUUGUUUUUUUUGUGUAUGAAGUUAAUGUUAUUGAUUUUUAUAUGUAAAUUUUUGUAGUUUUUUGUUGUGAUGAAUCUGAUAAAUACAUUUUCAAAUGUC